GGACGCGGGCGGGAGGGUGUUUGGGUGCCGAGCGAGAAACGCCAGAAAAUGUCGCCGACGUGAGUUCUUCUCCCUUUUCUCCCUCGGCAAAGAUGCAUUCGUACAGGAGGAGCACCAGGCCGAGCAGUUUCAAGACGUACGUGGACAUCGUGGAGUUCGAGGAGAGGCCUGUUGAUGUGCCUGAAGAAGUUGACAAUGGAAAAGUGGAACCUAACCUUCUCCCAGGUGAAAUCAAGAUAGCAGAGGCAAACAAUGUUUUGAAGUUUGCACCGCUGAAAACAAACAAGACGGGUAUAUCUGGUACAUUGUUUGUUACCAAUUUUAAGGUUUCAUUUGUAACAUCGCUGCCAGUAGAUAGCAAGGAAGCCGAACUCCACGAGAGAAGUCUGCAGAGCCACUACCUUGGCGUGCACGAUGUCUGCCUGUCAGAAGUUGAUCUCGUCUACCAGAUAUCAGAAGGAUCCACCAAAAAGAAGAGGCUGUUGUAUAAUGCUCCCCUCCCCGCCAGAGUGUCAGGGCUGCAGUUAGUGCUCAAGAAUCUGCGGGUGAUCAACUUUAGCUUCAAAUUCACGCCUGCGGGGGAGGACGUGCGGAUAGGGCAGGCGCUGCUCCAUCACGCCUUCCCCCCCUCCGUCGACCACCUCUUCCUCUCGUGCGGCCAUCCCUCGCCUUUCACGGGAAUCCCUGAAUUUUGUUUAGCACAAGAUUGGGAGAAGGAAUUGCAGAGAACAAGAUGUCCCAAUUGGAGAGUGUCAAAGCAUAAUGAAUUCUUUAACCUCUGCUCAUCGCUGCCUACAGUGGUGGUGGUGCCCAGAGACCUGCUGGAUGCACAGCUUGAGCAGGCUGCCCAGCACUUCCAGGGGACACGGCCGCCAGUGUGGUGCUGGGGAGCUUUAGGGGGAGCUGCCUUGGUCCGCAUGGCUCAGAUUUCGCCCAACAUUAGUGACAAGAUCUCCGUUACAAAGUCAAUGGGAACCUUGCAGAGAAGAAAGCUUGAGGAGGAAUCCCAACAGCAAGAGAAUCGCAUGAUGGGCCUCGUCCACCGCUGUCACCCAAAGAAGCUCCAACCCACGAUAAUUGACCUAGACCAAAAAUUACCGUCCCUAAAAGACGUUCAGAUAUCGUAUAUAAAGUUGCGAGAGCUACACACCCCAGAUGAUCCUACACAAUUUUGGGAGCAGGACCGCCAUUAUUUCAGCCGCUGGGAGUCCUCACGGUGGCUCUCCUAUGUGAGCAAGUGCCUAGAAGUGGCCCAGAAUGCUGCCUCUGCAAUUGCACACCACAACAGCUCUGUCAUUCUGCAAGAGAGCGAAGGUCGGGACAUGAGUGCUGUAAUCUCAAGCCUGGUACAGCUGUUGUUAGAUCCUCAGGUGCGCACUUUGAGGGGUUUCCACAGCCUAAUACAGAAGGAAUGGGUUGCUUUGGGGCAUUCCUUUUGCUUGCGCCUCGGACAUACGAGAAAUCAGCCGGAAGAACAGAGUCCAGUGUGGUUGUUAUUCCUCGACUGUGUUCAUCAAUUGAGUCUGCAGCAUCAUGCAGCCCUUGAGUUUACAUCAGAGUACUUGCUGGCGUUGUGGCAUGCCUCCCACUGCUCACUACACUCAAGUUUCAUGUUCAACUCAGUCAAUGCCAAGUACUCAGCCACAGCUGUAUUACAACGUGAAAAUCCUCAGCAACCAGUGUACCUCAGACCUGUUUGGUCUUGGUGGGCGGAGGAUCACGACUGGCUGGGCAGCGAGCAGAACGGAUCCUCAGAAAGCGUAAAGGGGAGGAGAUCAGCAGCACGUGACCUCUUCCUCAAUGUGCACUACAUUCAGAAUUUAAUGGAGUCCCUGUCGGUGAGUGGGGCCCUGGGGCGCCUGAGAGACCCUGUUUCGAGUGCGCAUCACACGUGGCACCGUAUACAGUACUUGUUAGGAGAUAGUGGGCCCUUGCCGUAUGACCCAAACGCUCCUCUGGGGCCUUUGCAAAUUGAUGCAAGCUUGAGAGUUGAUGUGGCCCUUAGUAGUCUCAAACCAUGGCAUGAAUGCUUCAGUGGAUGGAUAUCUGAGCCGUCUGUCACCAUAAAUGAAAUAGACUCGCUCUCCAGACAGUCCACCACAACUGUGCAGCACUGGGAGCACGUGCGGCAAAUCUACUACACCAUCAAGAGCCACCUGUCAGAGACCCUAACUAACGGUGUUGCUGAAUAGACUAUAUUGUUGGAAUUUGAUUUUUUGCCAGUGAAUAUAUUGCUUUAUGAAAAUGUAAUUGAUAUAUUAUCAUAUAUAAUUUAAGAUAACUGAUGUAUAGUUUGUUAGAGCUUAGAGAUUAUCAUUAACAAUUUUUGCUGCAAAGUAUUAAAGGAAAGAUAUUUUACAGAAACUUUGAGAGAUUCCAUUAGAGCAGAAAACCUCUCUCUGUCCAUAAUGGCACAACAAGUGCUUCCUCAUUUUUAUAGACAAAGACAGCAAACGGAUAUCAGUUAAUGGGCACAUUAAGGAAUGUAUGUUAGUACGCUUCUGUUUUGGCUUGCAUUGCAUUGCUUGAAUAGCAUUGCCUGCAGUUGUUUAAGGAUAAAUGGAUCAUUUGAAUAUUUGGGGUUUAAUUAUGGUGUUAGGCUGUUUGAUCUCAUUUUUCAAAUGUGUAAAUAUUAAUUUAUGUUUAACAUUAUUAUGGAAAGCAGUAAGUAUAUUACUGUGAUUGUAUGUUAUCGUUAUUGCUUUUAUAGUCACAAAUAUGUAGUCAGUCAUAAGUUCCUCCUCCGAUUUGUGAUUUAAGCGACUCCUCAUUUUGAAGGUUCAGGUGAUAUGAUUUGUUGGAAGUUCAGUUGCAUGUUGUCUGAAUCUGUGUAGCCAUAUGAAGAGAAAAAAAAAAAAGUGCUACAUAGUGUUUAAUUUCAUGUGCAAAAAUGUUUUGCCUUGCAGUACACAAAGCAGGUGGCAAGCUCAUGACCCAGGUCUCUUGAGCAAGCCAGUUGAUAAUGAAGUCUUCCCUCUGUCACAGCCCAGUUACUUGUACAUUAUAGAGAAUAUGGUCAGUAACAGCACGUCUUCUUCCUCUUAGCCAUAUAAGAAUGAUGUCUCCGUAUGUGCAAGAGAGACCAAGGGUUAUGUGUCGCAUCAGCUUAUUUAUAGAAGACUGAAAAGGAUGAGAUUGGAUUGGCAGGCUGUCGUCAAAGAAUCUAAGGUAUUGUAGGUGUGUAUCUGAUCACUUAGUUCUAUAUUAAAACAAAAUGUACUAUGUUGUUAUGAACACUCAACAUCCAAUACAUGGACACAAUAGUGAGCCACACAUAUAUAUGAAAAAUGUAUAAUAUAGACAUCAUAU